AUGGCUGAAAAGCCGUCGUUGGCUUACGCUGAUGCGCCCGGCGGCAAGAAUGGCCAGGAGCUAGCCAUCAACAACACCCUGAUCAACCGCUUGUUCACGAGGAUAGCGCUGAAGACUUGGGGCAAGCUACACAAGCGGCGUGGUGUGUGUACGCCUAUCUCGAGAAGGAUGAUUGUCAAAUCUUCACCCUGGGUCGACCUGACAGAAGCGGCGACCAUGAAAUAUGUCUCCGAAAACACGUCUAUUCCGGUCCCGAAAGUCUAUUGCUCUUUCGUCCACAAGGGCUGUACAUAUAUCCUCAUGGAACGCAAGAGAGGAAAAUCCAUCGGCAAUGUCUUGCAGAGCCUCGGAGAUGAUGGCCAACAGAAAGUCUUUGCACAACUCAAGCGCAUGAUGGAUGAACUGAGAUCACUUCCUCCAGCAGCCGGCACUGGCGUCCAGAGCUGUACUGGAGGUAGUCUCUGGGAUUCGCGUAUAUCCAGGAUCACCACUCGCUUCGGGCCCUUUGCAACCAUCCAAGAAUUUCACUUCUGGCUUCGAGCCGGCUUCCGCUUCGAGGACCACGUGCACAAAGCGAGAUUCGACGAAAGAUUCCGAGGUCAAGACGGCAAAGACUUGGCGGAUAUGGAGGCUAUGCAAGAUGGACCAUGGCCACCUCCUGUCUUCACGCAUGGAGACCUAAAUCCCAGUAACAUAUUGGUACACGGGGAGGAAGUCGUGGCGAUCAUCGACUGGGAGUUUUCAGGAUGGUAUCCGCAUUAUUGGGAGUACACCGCUGCUUGGUUGACCGCCGUCGUCUUUCAGGACUGGCGAAAGGAACUGCCUCGUUUCUUGACAACAUUCCCAACAGAACUGGCUAUGGAAACUACACGAGAGAGAUGGUGGGGCCCAAAUUGA